AUGUCAAGCGAAAACGUCGUUCAAGUGACUUCACCCGAACAUUUCAAAACUCUCCUUUCAACAGAUUUGAACAGAGUAUCGUGUCUCAAUUUCUGGGCACCAUGGGCGGAACCAUGCAAAGCUUUCAAUCAAUCCAUAGAAGAGAAAUCUAAACAAUUCCCUCAAGUGUUAUUCUUAAAUAUUGAAGCUGAGGAAUUAUCAGAUAUAUCAGAAUCAUUUGAUAUAGAAGCCGUCCCUUCAUUCCUUCUCAUACGUGGUCACACAUUAUUGGCUAGACAUUCAGGUUCCGACGUUUUGUUAUUAGUUUCAUUAUUACAACAACAUUCUGGAUCAUCUUCGACUUCGACAUCAUCUACAUCUUCAUCAACGACACCUUUAGCCACAUCAAACGUAGUACCUCAAGCACCAAAUUCUGCUGAACCCAAACCAAGAACAGAAGAAGAAAUAAUCAAAAGAUGUCAUGAAUUGAUGAAUAAACAUAAAGUAGUUUUGUUCAUGAAAGGUAAUCCAACUUCACCCAAAUGUGGAUUUUCAAGACAGACUGUUGGUCUAUUGAGAGAACAAGGUGUUGAAUUCGCUUGGUUUGAUAUCUUGUCCGAUGAGGAAGUAAGGCAAGGUUUGAAGAAAGUAAAUGACUGGCCUACUUUCCCUCAAAUCAUAGUACGUGGUGAACUUGUUGGCGGACUUGAUAUCGUUAGAGAAAUGGUUGAAAACGGAGAAUUCCAAGAAAUCUUAGAAGGUGAAGAAGGUAUGGAUGAGAAAUGA